ACUAGUGCGCUUGUUUUAUGACGUCUGACUGGGCUGCCGAGAACAGGGGAAAGACUUGUACGUGCCAGUCAGUUUUCUCCAAUUGCUGACCAAAUGAUGCAACUCGUCUUACUCUGGCCCUCCAAGAACCUCAGGAUGCUUACCAACGUGCAACUACUCUGCAGGAGCCACUUUUGAACCGUAACAGUCUGUCUUUUUUUUUUUUGUGCCCAGAAGGCUUUUGUCAGAUUCUACCAACAAGAAAAGAUUCCCUGUUACUUGGAUAUCAUUGUUACUGGGAAUGCCUUUAGGGAAGAAGUAAAUGACCCAAACGUGGGAAAGAUGAAAUCUCUAUACAUAUAACAAGCACGUUAGGGUUCCCGUACAGAGAAAACGAAAGCUUCAAUUUCUAUGAGACUGUGUACAGCAGAACAAGUAAGCCAGAAUCCUCUCCUGGCUUCGCCAAUCCUGUCUUUGGUCUAUGGACAUAGAGUGAGAUGUUAUAAUCUAUGCCCAGAGCUCAGAGCACUUCAGGAAUAAAACAACUCAUGGUACCCUUUCCCCUUCAGUGCUUUGCGUCGAGAACAUUGACACACAGCAAAACUAGAUUACACAAGACAUCGCUCUGGCUUUAAACCCUGCUAGGGGGCUGGUUCCAGUAGACCCCCUCCUCUUUCCUGGCUACCAGGGAUGUUCCCACCGAAGGGCUUUUAUUUCUAAACGUCUUUAUCAUCUGCCUUUGCAGAUUAGGACGCAUCUGAAACAGGACAGCAAAGUAAGAGUCGCUGUGUCCACGCAUGGCAGAGGACAUCGGUGAAUACUCUUAACAUUGAACCAAGGCCCCAUAUGCUGCGAUUGCCUUUUCCUCCAACACAAAUCGUUACUCAUACAGCAGUAGGUGGCAUCACGGUUCGCCACAGCACUGCUGUCUACCCGACAGGAAAGCCCAGAGCAGCCCUUGGAGCACCGGGUUAAAGAGCUGGGGGAGGGAGAGCGUGUGAGUGCACACCAACUGCCUCAGCGCGGUAUGAAUUUGGCGCCUUGCCGCCUGAUUGGCCGGCCUCCGCCGCCAAUAGACUCGGGGCAAGCGCGGUAGCUCCGCAGAGGAGGCCAAUCAGCAAAAAGCUUCUUCCGGCAGACACACCAAUAGCGAAGCGCUCCGGCGCUGUCCAAUGAGCUGAGCCCUACUUUGGAGAAGGUUAUAAGAGCGCCGAGUGCGGGGCCUCCCGCCUCAGUUCGCCGCAGAGCUCCGGAGGGUAGCCGGGCUGCGCACAGCGGAGCGAGGCGCCAUGUCUGGCCGUGGCAAGAGCGGCGGUAAGGCCCGGGCUAAGGCAAAGUCUCGCUCGUCCCGGGCAGGACUGCAGUUCCCGGUCGGGCGUGUUCACCGGCUGCUGCGGCGCGGGCACUACGCGGAGCGGGUGGGGGCCGGCGCGCCGGUGUACCUGGCGGCCGUGCUGGAGUACCUGACGGCCGAGAUCCUGGAGCUGGCGGGCAACGCGGCGCGCGACAACAAGAAGACGCGCAUCAUCCCGCGGCACCUGCAGCUGGCGGUGCGCAACGACGAGGAGCUCAACAAGCUGUUGGGCGGCGUCACCAUCGCGCAGGGCGGCGUCCUGCCCAACAUCCAGGCCGUGCUGCUGCCCAAGAAGACGGGCGGCGGCGGCGCAGGCCCCACCAAGGCCGGCAAGAAGGGCAGCGGGCAGCAGUCGCAGGAGUACUAGGCCGGCCGAGCCCUCGGCACCACACAAAGGCCCUUUUCAGGGCCACCCCCAUUGCUCACCGGGAGAGCUGGAUCAGCGGGGGGAGGGGGGCGCGUCUCAGUCCCGCCGUCGGGGCUGGAGGCGGGGCCGGGCUCCACCGCGGCCGCCGGCCGGCGCUGCAGAGCGGAGGAGCGCUGGCGCCUGCCGCGGUGCCGCUCUGUGAAGCUGUGAACACAGGAACUGCUCCGCAAAGACUUGCACUGACACUGGGGUGCUGCUUACCAUGUUGUAUUUAUCGCCUGUUACAUUUACUGGUGGUUGCAUAAAGAAUAAACGAUAUUUCGUUUCCAAAA